AUGGUGAAAACUAGUACGCAUAUUCGGGCUCAAUUACAGAGUUUCAUCUACGAUAUCGCAGUUCCAGACCCAAAGCCAUUCAAGGAAUAUUACCAGCAGUCAACCAUCUUAUACGGUGGAUGUCCAGAAGGCGAACCUCGCGACCAUGUGAAGCUCCAGCACAUACCAGCGGUCCCAAAAUAUCAAGAAUACGAGGAUUUAGCUUUUGUAGAACUGGUGGACCGGGUUCUAUUUCAAGUCACUAUUCACUAUUCUAAACUGCGUCGGUGUACACUCAUUGACUGCACUGUCUACGGAGGCGAAAUUGAAAAGUCCAAUUUGCAAGAUUGUCAGGUUCGAAUGAAAGGAUUUGGCGAUGGUACAUCAGAGUUCGUCUAUAAAGAUCAAAUGUCGAGGAAGCCGUAUAUCUUGGACAGUCAAAUCAAUCACACUGAUCUCUUUGACGCCAAAAUCUUUAAUUCGACUAUUGUCAGUAGCGGUUCCAUGCGAAAUUGCUAUAUAAAGAACACAUUGGCUGCUCGUUCCUUCAUGAACGGAUGUGUCUUGGAGGAGUGUGGUGUUGACGAUUCUGAGCUUCGCAAUUGUGAAGUUGUCGGUACCAUUCUCACCGCGUCCGUUAUCGAGGUCAAAACUCUCAUAACAUUUCACAAACUGCCUCCCGAAAUUCGCCAGAUGAUUUACUCACUGUUGAUCAACAUCAAUCCCUGGAAGCAAAAGCUAAUCUCUGCGCUUCGGGCAGAUCCUGUCCUACACAGAGAGGUACUUGAAGCAUACUUCAAACAGCAUGUUUUUCAACUCUCGGUCAAAAAUCACAGGAACUACCGUUCAGUCCCGAUGAAUAUUAUGGUCCGGAUCUGUAAGAUACACUUAGAUGCCAGGGAAUUCUUUCCAACAAGCGACGUUUCUACAAAUUUCCCCGCUGGCACCAAGAUAAACAGCAUCUGUAUUGAGUUUUCCAAUGGUUGGGCAGACUGUAUUAUGUUCUACGAUAUUACCAAACUCUGGUUGUCACACUUUAGCACUGUCACCAAGCUCAAGGUCGUGUGGAAGUUGUGUGAAGCUGGGGUGAAUUAUUCUCCAACGUGCCCACCACGGUCACUCCAAGGCGCAAUCAAGGUUGCAAAUAAAUGA